UGAGAUCGAUGCGCAUGUAAAAUUCCUCAUCGAUUUAUGAUCAUGAUUCCUCUUUCCAUCUUCUUGAUCGUUCUCUUCUUCAUCAACCCCUCCAUUGAGUCCAACGCUUCCAUCUCCAUCACUCCCACUGUCCUUUCUAAAUCCGGCGAUUCCGUCGGUAUCCAAUGGUCCGGCAUUGAUUCUCCCUCCGAUCUUGACUGGCUCGGCAUAUAUUGUCCUCCCGACUCUCGCAAUGACCACUUCAUUGGCUACGUCUUCCUCACCAGAUCACCCACGUGGCGAUCCGGGUCGGGUUCCAUUUCCCUCCCCGUCGUCAACCUUCGAUCCAACUACUCUUUCCGGAUCUUCCGUUGGUCACGAUCCGAGAUCAAUCCAAGGCGUCAGGACCACGACCACAACCCCUUGCCCGGCAAACACUUGCUGGCUUCCUCACAGGAGCUCACAUUUGAACCGGAUCGGGGCCCUGAACAGAUCCAUCUGGCAUUCACCGAUAGUGACGAUGAGAUGCGGGUCAUGUUCGUUACGGGGGAUGCGAAAGAGACGUACGUCAAGUACGGGGAGAGUAAGGAUAAACUAGACGGUGUGGCGUUAGCUCGCGUGAGGAGGUACGAGAGGGAAAACAUGUGCGACUCUCCGGCCAACCAAACGAUCGGUUGGAGGGACCCAGGGUAUAUUCACGAUGGGGUUAUGACGAAUUUGAAGAAAGGAGUGAGAUAUUAUUACCAGGUUGGAAGUGAUAGUGGAGGUUGGAGCAUAACACACAGCUUUGUGUAGAAUAAUGACUCUGAUGAGACGGUAGCUUUCCUCUUUGGUGACAUGGGAACUGCUACACCAUACUCAACAUUUGUGCGAACGCAAGAUGAAAGCAUAUCAACCAUGAAGUGGAUCCUACGAGAUAUUGAAGCUCUUGGUGACAAGCCUGCCUUCGUCUCACACAUUGGAGACAUUAGCUAUGCAAGAGGUUAUGUGUGGCUGUGGGACAAUUUUUUUGCUCAAAUUGAGCCUGUUGCAUCGAAAGUGGCAUACCAUGUUUGCAUUGGUAAUCAUGAGUAUGACUGGCCCUUGCAGCCAUGGAAACCUGAUUGGGCUGGUUAUGGAAAAGAUGGGGGUGGUGAGUGUGGAGUACCCUACAGUUUAAGGUUCAACAUGCCUGGAAACUCUUCAGAACCCAGAGCCAAAGCACCGGCAACUCGAAAUCUUUACUACUCAUUAUAUGGAGUGGUACAUUUUGUGUACAUCUCAACAGAGACCAAUUUCCUUCCUGGGAGCAGCCAGUAUAACUUUCUGAAGCAUGAUUUGGAAUCAGUCAACAGGAGCAAGACUCCUUUUGUUGUUGUCCAAGGGCACCGUCCCAUGUACACAAGCAAUGAAAAUAGAGACACCUCAUUAAGGAGACAGAUGCUUGAGCACUUGGAACAUUUGUUGGUGAAUAACAAUAAGCUGCUCUUUCCAGCUUAA